CAGAGUGGGAGCAGCAUCGUGGCGACUCGGAAGGCUCUCAACUUGGAGAGCGCACAUUUUCUGCAAAAGUAACUGAGCUGCUGCCAAAAUGCUCGUGUUAUUUGAAACCGCCGCUGGAUAUGCAAUAUUCAAGGUCCUCGAUGAAUCCAAGCUGCAGCAGGUGGACAGCCUGUAUAAGGAGUUUGAAACUCCUGAAAAGGCGAACCAAAUUGUGAAGCUGAAGCACUUUGAGAAGUUUCAGGACACCACAGAGGCCUUAGCAGCUGCCACUGCCCUUACCGAGGGAAAAAUUGGCAAGAGUUUGAAGAAAGUGCUAAAGAAGGUUGUGGCCAAGGAUGCUCACGAGCAGCUGGCCAUCAGCGACGCUAAACUCGGCGGGGUCAUUAAAGAAAAGCUGGACCUGAGCUGUGUCCACAACGCUGCCGUGUUCGAGCUGAUGAGGUGCAUCAGGAGUCAGAUGGAGAGCCUCAUCACCGGCCUCCCGCCCAAGGAGAUCAGCGCCAUGUCUCUGGGGUUAGCUCACAGUUUAUCCCGCUACAAGCUGAAGUUCAGUCCAGACAAAGUGGACACCAUGAUUGUGCAGGCCAUCUCUCUUUUGGACGACCUGGAUAAGGAGCUCAACAACUACAUCAUGCGCUGCAGAGAGUGGUACGGCUGGCACUUUCCCGAGCUGGGAAAGGUAGUCACUGACAACUUGGUCUACUGCAAAGCUGUCCGCAAAAUAGGCGACCGCACCAACGUGGCCGGCUCCGAUCUGUCCGACAUCCUCCCCGAGGAAAUCGAGGCCGAGGUCAAACUGGCGGCCGAGAUCUCGAUGGGAACGGAAGUGUCGGAGCAGGACAUCGGCAACAUACGGCACCUGUGCGAUCAGGUGAUUGACAUCUCAGAGUACCGCACUCAGCUGUACGACUACCUGAAGAACCGAAUGAUGGCCAUCGCCCCCAACCUGACCGUGAUGGUGGGAGAGCUGGUCGGAGCCCGUCUCAUCUCGCAUGCAGGUUCCCUUCUGAAUCUGGCCAAGCAUCCAGCCUCCACGGUGCAGAUCCUCGGAGCAGAGAAGGCUCUGUUCAGAGCCCUGAAGACUCGCAAGGACACACCCAAGUAUGGUCUCAUCUACCAUGCCUCCCUAGUGGGCCAGACCAGUGCCAAGAAUAAGGGCAAGAUCUCCAGAAUGCUGGCAGCUAAAGCAUCCCUGGCUAUUCGCUAUGACGCCCUGGGAGAGGACACGAAUGCCGAAAUGGGAGUGGAGAACCGGGCCAAGCUGGAGGUCAGGCUGCGCCAGCUGGAGGAGAAAGGAAUCCGAAGAAUCAGCGGAACGGGCAAAGCAAUGGCACAGGCAGACAAAUACCAGCACAAGAGCGAGGUGAGAAUGUACGAUCCGUCCGGCGAUUCUACUAUUCCCUCCACUUCAAAGAAGAGGAAGUUCGAGGAGGUAGAGGAGGCUGAAGAGCCCGAAACACCGGUGGCCAAAUCCAAAAAGGCCAAAAAGCAACCAGUAAAAGAAGAAGAAGAGGAAGAAGCAGCAGAGGAGACUCCCAAGAAAAAGAAGAAGAAAAAGAAGGACAAGAAAGAGGAGGAACCAGAGGAAGCCGAAGUGGAAGAGGUACCAGUUACAGAGUCAUCAAAAAAGAAGAAGAAGAAAAAGAAGAUCAAAGAGGAGGAGGAAGAAGAUGAUGACUGAAAUCGUGGUGUAUAUAUUUUCUGUUUUAGUUUUUAUGUCAAUUUAGUUUUGUGUCAUACAUUUAUAUCAAAUAAGGGCAACGCUGUAUUGGGUGCCCGUUUCUGGACGUCAAGUAACAAAGUGCACAUUAAAGAAAAUCAACAAUUUUAUGACUGUGGAAGGUGUGCUUUACAACCAUGGUGGAUCUCCAGUUAUUAAAUGAGUGAAAAUGUAAAUAUUUUAGUUCACAAAGUUCUGUCCUGGUUUGAACGUUUUUUUUUUUCGGUUGAUUUUUAACUGUAAACGACUCAUCAGACAUGUAUUAAACUCAGCAAGAUUCCCCA